CGCUCCAAUCGCGACUUGUUCUGAACUGGAACUGGAAGUGGUAAUUAAAAAUAAGAAACAACUAUAAUCUGUUAUAAACAAUAAGUAAAGCGAUAUGAACUAACGUAAACUAACCGCACGGUCUCUUCCUUGCAGUACCAGUUGGUGCUAUUUAGUUUUGUGUUCUGAGGAAAGAUUGUGAAGUGUAUGUAUUCAAAGAUUCGGUUUAAAUAUGAAAGCCUGUGAUCUAUUGUUGUGGUUUUGCCUAUUUAUAGCUACAGCGACUUCACAAUUUAUAAACAGUGAGCACAUUAAUUCUACAGUAAGAAGAAGAAGAGAAAACACUAGUUACAAAUGUACGCUACCACAGUUCCCACCUAAUGGAAGAUGGAUCAUAAUUAAUGGAGAAGGUAAUCCAGGUGACGAAAUUGAAGUUAACACCAUCCUUCAAAUAGAAUGUAAGGAGGGCUAUCGAUUACACCCAAACAUUCCAUUUCUAGCGUGUGAUGAUAACUGGGAGGCGGCUGUUCUUCCAAAAUGCGAAAAAAAAUGUCCAUCUUUUUAUUCAUCAGCGACGACAACCUUAAGAUGUCUAGAUAGAGAUGGCAACAAAAUUGAAUGUGAUCAAGCCAUAGAUGGAACUUAUCUGACAUUUGAUUGCAUAGCUUAUUAUGAAGUUCCUCCAGGUAGUAAAAGUAGUUUGUUCUGUAAAGCAGGAACGUGGGACUUUCCCAGACCCGUUUGUCAACCAGUUUGUGGAAAAAAAUUUAAUAAUGAGACUACCGCGCUGAUUUGGAAAGGUAAAAACACUAAAGAAUUGGAGUUUCCUUGGGUUCUAGCCUUAUACAAGAGGGAAAGGGGAAAAUUUAAGAAUGUAUGUGGAGCCACGUUAGUUAGCAGGAGAGUUGCUCUUACGGCUGCCCACUGUGUUACCAACGAAUAUGGCAAUGCUCUUUCAUAUGACGAGUUUAUGCUUGCUGCCGGGAAAUAUUACAACGAGUAUGAAGAUCCUCGAGAUAAUCAAUAUCCAGUGCAAUAUAGAAAGUUAACCAAAAUAAUUGUGCAUGAUGGAUACAGAGGAGAAAGUCAAAGAUACGUUGCUGAUAUUGCUGUGCUUGUAACGCAUCAACUUUUUAAACUAGGACCAUUUGUCCAGCCAAUUUGCAUUAAUAAUGUCAACUCCAUUUAUUUAAAUAACCGACAAUUGGGGGAGGUUGCGGGAUGGGGCCUUACUGAUAAUAAUAAACCUGCAGAACAUUUACGAGUCUUAAAACUGCCAUUUAAAGAAGGUUCAACGUGUAGUAGAGAACUACCUUACGAAUGGGAGGAAAAAUUUAAUUUUUUCGAUAAGAUAUGCGCUGGUCAUUAUCAUAGUAACAUGAGCGUAUGCCAGGGUGAUAGUGGAAGUGGUCUUAUUUUCCAAAAUCGUGACGAUAAUAGGUACUACAUACACGGAAUAGUGAGCAUAGCUCCAAAUCUACACACUUCUUUUUGUAACUUUGAAACCAAUGCUCUAUAUACUAGUGUUGCUUUCUAUUACGGAUUUAUAGAUAGAGAAAUGACAAAGCAUUAUGUAGAAGACUGCGUACUUCCAGUGCAUCCGAAAAAUGGGAAAUGGGAACUUCAAAAUGAUGCAGAGAAAAAUCCAGGGGACAUCGUGCCAUCUACAACCAUAUUGAAGUUCUCUUGUAACAGACGGUAUAAAUUGACAUCUGGAAGUCAGUAUUACGAAUGUGAAAAUACCAACAAUGCUCCUACUUGUAGUUUGCGAUGCCCACAACUGAUAUUCCCUGGAUCCACUGUUAUAGCUUGCAAGAACAAGAGAGACCAAAUUAUUGACUGCUCAGAUGCUUCAGAAGGUUCAAGCAUUACGUUCACAUGUCCACCAGGUUUCGAAUCAGAUCGAGGAUCCCAAACUAGCACAAGGUAUUGUAUAAAGGGCUCCUAUGGUAGACCUGCUCCCACUUGCGUUUUUGCAAAAUCAAACAAACCCAGAACUACCACACUACCUCCCAUGGACAAAGAUGGCAAAAAAGUUAUUUGCACAUACGCCAGUUGGUGGUCAUACCACAACGUAAAUCCUGAAGACUUUGAUGCUACAUUGUGUACUCACAUUAUUUACCAGUUUAUUGGUAUUUGGGAUAAAGGUGAUGUUAGAGUUGAAGAUGAUCCACUGGAUCUUGAUACAGAACAAAGGGGUUUAUACAACAGGAUAAAUGACCUGAAGUCAAAGAACAAAAACCUCAAGGUUCUAUUAAGUGUUGGUGGAGAUGCAGCUAGUAAUAACACUUUGUUCACCAGAGUUUCUAGUCACGCUGCCAAAACAGGAGCUUUCUUGGGAAGUGCUGGUUAUUUUAUAAAAACAUAUCACUUUGAUGGACUAGACAUCGCUUGGAAUUAUCCUGCAGAAAGUGACAAAGAUAACUACAUCAGAUUCAUCGAAACAAUAAGACAAGAAGCUGACAUCAACGGUUGGCUAUUGAGCGCCUCCGUCCGUCCUGAUUUUGAUAAAACUGGCUAUAAUCCCAAGGAGAUGAACAGGUUAUUUGAUUGGGUAACACUCAACACAUACGGCCUUGUCGACAUAAAUCAAUACACCAGCAAUCACAACAAUUUAUAUGCUUCAUCAAAGGACACUGAAUGGCAAAAACAGCACUACAACAUGGAAGCUGUCGCAAACAACUGGAUAAAAGCUGGUCUCAAUAAAGAGAAAAUUGUUUUAAGCGUUGCCUUCUACGGCAUAAGCUUUUUGUUAAAAGACAAAAACCAGAAUGGUGUGCAUGCUCCUGUUCUUGGAGCCGGACCUAGUGUGGGAGGAAUUUUACGGUAUUAUCAGAUAUGUUCCCAAUAUCAAAAAGGUUUUACAGAAAAGUGGGACAGCGAAACCAAGUCACCUUAUUUAUAUAAUGACACAGUUUGGAUUGGCUACAACAAUAAAGACUCUGUAUGGAUAAAGGGAGAAUAUAUAAAGACUAACGGAUUUGCUGGUGUAAACGUUUACCCAUUAGACGGAGAUGACAACACAGGCAUUUGCGGUGAAAAGCAUAUUUUACUCAAAUUUCUUCAUUCUGGUAUGGGACAUAGAGUGAACUGGGAGAAGAAGAACUGAUUAAGCUAUGAUAAGACUUUAACAAUAUAAGUUUAAGUACUGUUUUAUAUUUAUUAUUAAAUAUUCUUCUCUUAUUGUGGCUGGUAUAAAUGUAGAGCACUUAUUUGGAAUGAGAAAUAAGUUUUUGAAAAUAUAUACGGCACAUUAGGGAGUCUUAAAAUUAAAUUUAUAUGCGAAUGUAGUUUAAAAUCCAAAUGAUGACAAUUUGUUUUAUUUCCAGAUCACGUUUCCAUCAAUUAAAAUUGACAAUAAUUAUAAAAAA